UUGCUGCGAUUCUACGAGUGCCCGUGGGAAACAAACACUUCUAUCACUUAUCGCACGGUAUGAAUCACACUGAAAACUACACGAUGGUCAGUGGCUGCUGUGUUUGAUGGUGUCCAAAGUUUCGUUUCCAAUCGCUUACAUUCCGUGUGGUGCGUAGCCUUGAAGAACACAGUUUCCGCGUGCCAGCUUUGCGAUGGAUUUUGUCGCAAUAUUUGGUGGUAUUUUCGCGUUCUUCGUGAUCUGCGCGCUGGUCAGAUGGUGCUGCACGAGACGCUCUAGCCAAGGCAUGGUGAUUGCGACGCCCGUUGUCAUCACGUCCGAAACACACCGAGUGGCCACCGGUGUCCAGAAUCAGCUUCCCGCAGGAGUGGUGGUUCAAAGCCACACGUCCGGCACCGGAUUAUAUCCGGUGACGGUCGCUUACCCUACGCAGCAGCAGCAACAACCGUACCCCACGCAACCGUACGCUGUUGUCCAGCAGUAUCCCGUUCAGGCGGUCCCCCCACAGGGGCAGGUUCAGUUCCCGGUUCUGCCACAACAGACACAUCAGGUUUAUCCGGGUGCAGCCCCCACGGCUCCCCACGGUGCCACCGGACCACCGAUGGCUAAUCCGCCGAGCUACGACCAAGUGAUGACCGAUGCGUACGCUCCCCAAGCGCCCUACAAUCCCGACUAUAGAGGCCAUUAGUAGGAAACCUCAAAUUUACUCAAACUUAUCGGAAUCGACCGAGGAGUGAUAACGAUGGAACGACGACGCUAGCUUCCAGUGCUGUACCCGGGGGCCCGGUACGAAUCACGGGCCCAAAUCUGAAGAUAAUCGGAACGAGAAUAAGAUCAAUUAGGUUGGUAAGAAACUCUAUUUAGCUGUUAAGGGUUAUUUUUCCCACGAACUGUAUAUGGCGCAUAGCGUAUUGCCAUGGAGUAAGAAUACUCGAAUAGAAAAGAAUUAGGACGCGAGAGAGUUAUUCGUAAAAUAAAGUUCCCAUAUUUUGGAAUGCAAACCAUUCUCAAC